CACGUGACCUCUUACCCCAGAACCGACAGUGCCUCGGCUCGGCUGCCGUCCUCCCCCAUCUUUUCGGCAUCUCAGUGACAGAGUGACGACUGUGGAGAAUCCAGCGAACCAGCUACGCGCCUAGCUACAGCCGCGUCGAAACACCACAUUACUCGGCCGCAAUGCCUCUCAGCACCGGCAAAGCCGUCGACAUUGCCUUCGGCAUCUUUCUCUCCUCCCUCUUCGCAUUCUAUCUCCCCCAAUACGUCGAGUGGGUGCCCGAGUUCAGCAUCUGGAUCUUCCUCCUCAUCGUUGCCAUCAACUUCGCAUCGUUCCUGACUUAGCAACAUGCCUACCGAGUCAACAUACCCGAAGCUGGCCAUCCCAGAUGUUGACCUCUGGACCUUCCUGUUUGAGCGGAAGGAUAGAGCAUAUCCGGACUACAAAGUGAUUUACGUCGACGCCGAUACCAACCGCUCCUACACCUACGCUCAAGUCCGCAGCACCGCACUCGACUUUGGCACAGGCCUGAAAUCCGUCUGGGAAUGGAAGAAAGGGGAUGUGCUGGCCAUAUACUCGCCGAACUGUAUCGAUACACCAGCCAUAAUAUGGGGGACACAAUGGGCAGGAGGGAUCUUGUCCCCAGCGAACCCAGGUUACACGGCUGAUGAGCUAGCCUUCCAGCUCAAAGACUCUGGGGCCAAGGGUUUGGUAACACAAAAGCCGUUCCUGAAGUCUGCGAUUGAAGCUUGCAAGAAAGUGGGCAUCGAUGAGGAUCGAAUAAUCUUGAUGGGCGAUGAGAGAGACGAGACGAUGAAAUUCAAGCAUUUCAGCCACGUCCGUAAUCUGGCCGGUACAUCUCGAUAUCGCAAGACGAAGAUCAAUCCCUCGAGAGACCUUGCGUUUCUGGUUUACAGCUCUGGGACUACAGGGCACCCGAAAGGGGUUAUGUUGUCGCAUACCAACAUUGUUUCGAACGUGUCAAUGCUGGUAACUGGCGAGGGAAAGAAUCUUAGCUGGAAAGGAGGGAUUAACAACGAAGGGGACAAACUACUUGCGUUCCUACCAUUCUUCCACAUCUACGGCCUCACGUGCCUCAUCCACCAAGCCAUGCACGCAGGCCUCACCUUAAUAUGCAUGUCCAAAUUCGAUCUCGCAAAAUUCUGCGAACACAUCCAAACCCACAGCAUAACGUUUGCCUACGUGGUUCCUCCCGUCAUCCUCCAACUGGGAAAGAACCCCAUCGUCUCAAAAUACGACCUCUCCUCUAUCCGCAUGAUGAACUCCGGCGCCGCCCCUUUGACAAAGGAACUUGUGGAAACAGUCUACAACCGCCUCAAGAUUCCCAUCAAGCAAGGCUACGGGCUUUCUGAAACCUCACCCACAACACACACCCAACCCUGGGAAACCUGGCGAACUUAUAUCGGCUCAGUUGGUCGCUUGCUCCCGAAUCAGACAGCGAAGUACAUGUCUCCCGAAGAAAAAGAGGUCCCGGCCGGCGAAACAGGCGAGCUCUGGCUCAAAGGGCCGAACAUCUUCCUCGGAUAUCUCAACAACCCCGAAGGCACGAAGAACGCUUUAACGGAAGAUGGGUAUUUCAAAACUGGAGAUGUCGGCCACCAGGACAAAGAAGGAAAUUUUUACAUCACCGACCGCGUGAAAGAGUUGAUAAAAUACAAGGGCUUCCAAGUCCCGCCCGCCGAGCUUGAGGGGAUUCUUAUCUCGCAUCCUGACAUUAACGACGUAGCCGUUAUCGGAAUCGAGGACCACGAGCAGGCUACUGAGGUUCCAAGGGCGUACGUCGUUCCUAAGAAGGGAGUGAAAGGAGGCAAGGAGACAGAGAAGCGGAUCGUAGAGUGGUUGGGGCAGAAGGUGGCGAGUCAUAAGAGACUUAGGGGAGGAGUCAGGUUCGUGGAUGCGGUGCCGAAGAGUGUGAGUGGGAAGAUUUUGAGGAGGGUGUUGAAGGAGAUGGCGAUGGAGGAGAAGAAGGGCGCGAAGGCCAAGUUGUAGAUCUAUGUUUAAAAUUUGAGAAAGGAUCUGGAUA